AUGCAGUCGCUCGCGCCUGCGCCCAUGCCUCAAAGCAUGCAGACUCAGGACAUGAGCGCAGACAAUGACUUAAGAGCCCAGCUUGCCGCUGUCAUCAGCACCUCCCAGCAGCAGCAGCAACCUCAGCAGCCCCAGCAACCACAGCGCCCACACCAGCAGCGUCCUGGACCUCCCCAUGGCUACAGCGACGUCCCGGCAUCGAGCAGCGCAAGCCCCCAGAAUCACAAUAUCGAUCCUGCCAUCGGAGGCGGAGGGCCUCCAGGAGGCAUGAUGAGCUCUGGCGCGGCGGGUGACAGUGGUGGCGAUGACAGUAUGGGCGAUGGUCGUAAGGGCGGGAAGCGCGAGCUUUCGCAAUCGAAGCGCGCAGCGCAGAAUCGCGCAGCUCAGCGCGCUUUUCGACAACGGAAAGAAGGAUAUAUCAAGAAACUCGAGGAGCAAGUUCGAGAAAUGCAUGCGCUGGAAGAGAACUACAAGGCCAUCCAAGGGGAGAACUACUCGUUGCGCGAAUACAUCAUCCACCUGCAAUCCCGGCUCCUCGAGUCCCAGGGCGAAUACCCGCAACCACCACCCAACGUCAACCUCUCACAUCCGCACCAUCCUCCACGUCAACACCCCGAGCAACAUGUGCAACAUCAUGCUGGCGGUGGAGGCGCCCCCGUUGCUGCUAUGGCGCCGAUGAAUCCGCUGAAUCCAUCCGCGGCGAGGAACCUCGCUGCGGCGGGGCUGAGUAACACGGCGAAACAUCCCCAAGAGGAGUAUGAGCGCAAGGCGCAUACUAAAGAUGUCGCUGGCGAGGAGCCCGCCGAUGAGGAGAUCAUCCGCUCUCAGCUACAAUCUCCUCAUGGCUUACCUGCUCCUGUGCCCAUGUAA